UCUGCCGAGGGGGUUUUAACUUCAGGAUUUUUCGGGGAUUUACCCUAUCAAAAAAGAAAAAAGGGAAAGGGCAAAUAUGUAAAACUGGGAAGAAAAGGAAAUCAAUAGAGUUGACCUGAGGAGGCUGCGGCUGUAGAGAGAGAGAGAGUGGCGGCGGAGAGAGAAGGAAACAUGUCGGAGCGUCUGCCGGAAACCUUGAAACCCUUCUACGACCGAGCCCUCCAAGCCGAUGAGAGGUUGGAUAGACUCGAAGCUGCUCUUACGAGUAAGACAGAUUCUGGGAACAAAGCCCUUGUGGAGAAGAUGGGGGAACUCCAGUCCAUGCUAGAACAAGCUAGCACACGUCUUGCUCAAGAACAGCUCAAGGUCAAGGCAUUGACGGUUGAGAAGGAGAAGCAGAACUACAGGGUGGAGCAUCUUGUCCGUGCCUUGAGGGCUGCCGACCAGGAGCUUGAAAGGCUUCAAGGAAUACCGAUUCCAAAGAUGAAUCCAGCCGACAUAAUAAGAUAUGAAGAUCUGAGCAUUACAUCUUUGUACCGUAAGUGAGACGUUGUCUUUUUGGCCUCCGAAGAUGAGACUACAACGGCCACAACUUGUUUUUUUUUUUUUUUUUUUUUUUUUAAGGAAACGUUGGAUGCAGUAAUGCACACGUGAGCCUCUGACUCUAUGAGAAGUAUCGUGUUCUUUCA